GAGAGCGCGGAGGGGGCCGGGCCCAGCCUGCCGGCUCCGGGGCCCAUGGCAGCGCCGGCCUGACCCGACCCGUCCGUCCCACACUGGCGCUGAGGGGAGGCGGCGGCGGCGGCACCAUGUUACCCAGCGGGGCCGGGAACGGCGCUGCCGCCCUGCCCCGGAGCUCGGUCAUGGGCAUGGCGAGGACGUCCUCGGGCCGGCCGGGCGCGGGGCUGUCCCGCGGGGCGAACGGCGGCGGCGGCGGCGGCGCUGCUUCUUCUUCUUCUUCGGCGGCGGCGGCGGCUUCUGCGGGAGUGCGCGGCGGCCCGGGCAACGGGACGGGCCCUCCGAGCGGCCCUGGGGCAGCCGCGGGUCGCUUCGAGCGCGACCGGGACUUAGGGGCGGCCGUGGCGGCGGCGAGCGACAGCGAAGGCAACUCGGAGUCUGGCGAGGAGGAGGAGCUGGUGGGCGACCGGCGCGGCGUGAAGCGGACUUUGGGCGACAUGGAGCUCGGGGUGGUGGUGGGGGGGCCCGAGGCGGCGGCCGUGGCGGCGGCUGCAGCGGCUGCAGCGGCGGGGGGCUACGGCGGGGCGAGCGGCGCCGUCAGCGGCGCCAAGCCGGGCAAGAAGACCCGCGGCCGCGUCAAGAUCAAGAUGGAAUUCAUCGACAACAAGCUGCGGAGAUACACCACGUUCAGCAAGAGGAAGACGGGCAUCAUGAAGAAGGCCUACGAACUCUCCACCUUAACGGGCACUCAGGUGUUGCUGCUCGUGGCCAGCGAGACAGGCCACGUCUACACGUUCGCCACGCGGAAGCUGCAGCCCAUGAUCACCAGCGAGACUGGGAAAGCGCUGAUCCAGACAUGCUUGAACUCUCCUGACUCUCCUCCUCGGUCAGACCCAACCACUGAUCAGCGCAUGAGCGCUACGGGCUUUGAGGAGACGGACCUCACUUAUCAGGUGUCCGAGUCAGAUAGCAGUGGAGAAACAAAGGACUCGCUGAAGCCUGCAUUCACCGUCACCAACCUGCCAGGGACGACGUCGACCAUCCAGACGGCGCCCACCACCUCCACCUCCAUGCAGGUCAGCAGCGGCCCCUCGUUCCCCAUCACCAACUACCUAUCGCCAGUCUCUGCCAGUGUCAGCCCCAACACGGUAACCAGUGCCAACGGGACGGUGCUGAAAACCACGGGAACCAGUGCAGUGGCCUCCGGAGGGCUAAUGCAGAUACCCACCGGCUUCACCCUCAUGUCAGGUGCUCCACUCCCUCCCGGGACCCCUACCAUUCCUCUCACUCAGUUGCAGCCGCACUCCCUUGCCCUCUGCAGCCAGCAGGGCCAGGCGGCCGCUGCAGCCACACCUGGACAGGUGCAGCAGGCACAGCAGACAGUCUUCCGAUUUCCAGCCUCCGCCGGAGGGCAGUUUGUGUCCCUGACAGGUGGAGCUGUGGCUCAGCAGGUUCCCGUGCAAGCCAUCCAGGUUCAUCAGCAGACGUCUCCCACAACUGACAGCAGUACUGACCUCACCCAGACCUCUUCCAGCGGGACAGUGACCCUGCCAGCUACGAUCAUGACUUCGUCCGUGCCAACCACCGUAGGCGGCCAUAUGAUGUACCCCAGUCCUCACGCAGUGAUGUACGCGCCUACGUCAGGCCUGACAGAUGGUGGCCUUGCAGUUCUCAAUGCCUUCUCCCAGGCACCAUCUGCAAUGCAGGUUUCACACGGCCAGGUCCAGGAUCAGGGUGGAGUCCCUCAGGUGUUCCUGACAGCACCAUCAGGAACAGUUCAAAUCCCAGUCUCAGCUGUCCAGCUUCACCAGAUGGCCGUAAUCGGGCAGCAGUCCAGCAGCAGCACCAACUUGACAGAGCUACAAGUGGUCAACUUGGACACGUCGCAUAGCUCCAAGAGUGACUGAGCAACUCUGGAGGGCGGGGGGGGGGAGGGGGAACCUGGGGGGCGGAAGGAGAGAGACAGAGGAGAAGGUGUGUCCCUGGCACCCAAACCUGCAGUGGCUGCCUCCAGUUUUUGAGGCCUGUGCGUGGCUUGAGGACCUGCGGCGCUCCCCAAAACUGCACCAGGAUCUCUGCGGUCCCUAUUUUUCUAUGGACUCUGUCACUUAUUUAUUGUUGCCUUUUUCACGUUUUCUUCCCUUUUCUCUCAACACUUCACACCGACACACACACGCACAAAUACACACACACACACACACACACACACACACACACACUCAAAACACAUAUUAAAGUGGCUGUUGAGGCCAGCGGCAGGGAGCUGAGCCUGGGCUGUAAGGGGAGGGCGGGGGCGGGCGGUUUGCUUUGUUACCUUUGGACGCUGCAUAUACAGUGCUUUUAUUUGUGUGUGUGUGUGUGUGUGUGUUUGUUUGGUUUUGUUUUCCCCCUCCUCACUCCAGCCAAAGAAAUGUGUCUCUCGUGGGUGGGGGAACUUUACUCUGCCAUGUGUAUAUAAUAUAUAGGGGAAAAAACCCUCCUUCUGUCGUCAUCGCCAGAGCGGGAGUUCCUUCUCCCCCUCUCCGCAGCGUGUCCACGAACUUCCUCAGCUCACAGUCUCCAGCCUGAGCAGCCAAGACUGUGGCAGGGAGAUAAGCUGGAACGCAGAAGGGCCUGAAGCCAUCGUCAUCCAAAAGGGAGUCUCUUGUUUCUGCUGUCAUUUUAUUUUCACUUUUAACCUAUGCUGGAGCAAAGGGUCAUCUCUCUCUCUCUCCCCCCCACCCCCAUCACCCCAGGUUCAGGUUCUCCAGCUGGCUUGCAGCAAUGUGCCUUCAAGCAAAUCAGUGAUGCGUUGUGGCCUGGCCUCUGCACAGCGACCCUUGCCUCUUACGCUUGGCUUGCAAAGAGGGGUCGCUCCCGCCAGUGCCCUCCUUCUCCUUAGGCUCUGUUGUGGGUGGAUGAGGAGAGGCAAGAGCACAUUGGCGGCAACCCUGGAACCGUUCCUUCCCUUGAAGCUCGUGUUUGGUUGGUGAGAACCCACCAGCUUUAGGAGUACGUGCCCCGGGGGUGUGUGAGCGGGCAGUGGACACCUUUCACUGCCAGACAGGGCACUUUUAAACACCGCCCUGCCCACUUCCUUGGGUCCUACCCAGCAACCCUUAAGCCCCAUCGUUGCGACAGAUGCAUCCUCUCGGGCGAGCUUUGUUUGUUUUUGCAGAGGCUACUCCUCUUGAGAAGGUCGAUGAGAUGAGCCGCCGUCCUUUUUCUAAGUAAUCGGGGAGAAGGGUGUAAAGGAACAGUGUCGGAAGCAGAGGGAAAGCUAUAUUUUUGUAAGUUUGAACUCCACAGGCCUUCCCAAGACUGUUGUGCCCACAAUUUGAGACCUUCCACCCCAACCCUGGCCAGGUAGCCCCAAAAACAAGAUGAUUCGUCCCCUUGAAAGCGCUUCUGCAUCUGCUGCUUCCGAGUCUGCCGUCCUCAGUUGGGACUGGGUAGGACUCAAGAGUGGUGGGAACGCACCUCCCCUGCAGGAGAAAGGCAGCGCUGGAUGAGUAAGGUGACAGCCGCCACCAGGUCUUUGUGCUUUAGAAAAUUCCUUAUCGUGUAGAUCCGUGGUUCGGGGUCAGCAAAUGCAAAAACAAAAAACAAAAAGGGAAUAGCCGCAAGGGAGACCAGGAAGGGCAUUGUGCUACCAAUGGGAGGGGUGUGCAUGUGAUGAAGCUAUCCCAUUGGGGAAAGCAGUCUGCCAUUGGAUAGUUUUAUUGCCACACAAUCAUGCACUUCCUUUUAACCAAUCCAGAAGUGGCGCACGAAAGGAAUUAUUCAUCCCCC